AUGUGGACAACCAACUCCGGUCUCCGGGGCAGGAAGCUCCGCUGGGCCAUCACCUUCACCUCCGUCGUCGGUUUCUCCCUAUUUGGUUAUGAUCAGGGUCUGAUGUCUGGUAUUAUGCAAGGGACAUCUUUCGUCGGCGAGUUCCCUGUCCUCGAUAACAAACUCCCUGGCAACAACCCGGAGCAUGUCUCCGUCCUACAGGGUGCCGUCAACUCCUGCUACGAACUGGGCUGUUUCUUCGGUGCUAUCUUCACUCUCUGCUUUGGUCAGCGCACGGGCCGUACCCCUUUGCUGGUCACUGGGGGUGUUCUUAUGGUGAUCGGUACUGUUCUCUCUACGGCUGCCUUUGGCCAUUCCUGGGGUCUGGGUCAAUUCGUGAUUGGUCGUGUAAUCUCUGGUCUUGGAAACGGUAUGGACACUGCCACUAUCCCCGUCUGGCAGUCUGAGUGUUCUAAGGCCCACAACCGUGGCUUCCUCGUCUGCUUUGAGGGUGCUAUUAUUGCUGUUGGUACCUUAAUUGCUUACUGGAUUGAUUUCGGUCUUUCCUAUACCGAAUCCUCCGUCCAAUGGCGGUUCCCUGUCGCCUUCCAGAUCCUGUUCGCUAUCUUUGUUAUUAUCGGUGCUCUUAUGCUGCCCGAGUCUCCUCGUUGGUUUAUUAUGCGGGGCAAGGACGAUGAGGCUAUCCAAGUCAUGGCCAUGCUCAAUGACAGCUCUGUGGAUGCAGAGGACGUCCUUUCCGAUUUCAACCUGAUGAAGGCUGAUAUGAAGGCUGCUGAGGCCCAGGAGUCCACUAGCAGCUGGAGGACCCUCUUUACCUUCGGCAAGACCCAGGAGUUCCAGCGUAUGAUGAUAGGUUGUUCUGGCCAGUUCUUCCAGCAAUUUACUGGUUGUAAUGCAGCUAUCUACUACUCGACCAUCCUUUUUGAGAACAACCUUCAUAUGGACCACAAGAUGGCUCUGAUUAUCGGUGGUGUUUUCUCCACUGUCUACGCCCUUGCCACUAUUCCUUCCUUCUUCAUGGUUGAGAAGGUCGGUCGCCGUAAUCUAUUCCUGAUCGGUUACCUUGGCCAAGGUCUUUCGUUUAUUAUCACCAUGGGAUGUCUAAUUCACGGGACUACCGAAAAUGCCAAGGGUGCCGCCGUUGGUAUCUUCCUGUUCAUCUGCUUCUUUGCCUUCACUACAUUGCCUCUGCCUUGGAUUUACCCUCCGGAAAUCAAUCCUCUUCGCACGCGUACCAUGGCUGCUUCCGCUUCCACUUGUACCAACUGGAUCAACAACUUCGCUGUGGUUAUGUUUACCCCUGUUUUUGCGAACCAGAGCCCCUGGGGUAUCUACCUAUUCUUCGCCCUGAUUAACUUUACCGCUAUUCCCUUUACCUAUUUCUUCUACGUUGAGACCGCCGGUCGUGAUUUAGAAGAGAUUGACAUUAUCUUCGCCAAAGCUCACAUUGAGAAGAAGUGGCCCUUCCAGGUCGCCCAGCAGCUGCCGAAGCUCAGCAUUGAGCAGAUCGGCCAGAUGCAGAUCGAGCUUGGCUUGACUACCACCGACCACCAUGCCACUGAGUCCGAGAAGGUUGAGAUGGCUCCUAGUGGCGGCGAGAGCGAGGAUAAACAUGCUUCCGAUUAA